CAUGGCUUGUUAGUGGAAUGUUAAUCCUGCCUUCCCCCAGACACAUGACGAUAAGGAUAUUCCACUCUUCUUCCUGGCCCUCCGUCUUCAACUCCAACUCCAAGCUCGACGCUCCCACCUUCUCCACGCAAACGCCCAUCAGAACUUCUCUCCUUCAUCAUGUGGUCGUGCGCUCCGGUUCAUCUUCGGUGGCCGAGAACUCUGGUUCCGAACAGAAACGAGCUCACGUCGGUGACGGGUUGCGUGGCGGUGGAUUCUGCCGCUGCGGAAGACGGCACUUCAUGGAGGCAGCUGUAUCGACCGCAUCGCCAUUCAUCCCAAUUCGCCCUUCAAAUGCUUCUGAUUUUCCUUCUGAUUAUGCGGCAAUUUUGGAUAAAUAUCACGCUCCUAGACCUCAGUGGUAUGAGGAGUUGCAAGCUGUGGUCCUUGAUAAGGAUAUGGAAGCUUAUGAGGCCGAGAUUGCAGGGUAUAAGUCCCAGCUAUUCAGCAAAUUGAAGGGAAAAGUCAAGGAAGUUUUGGAGAUCGGUAUAGGAACCGGUCCUAAUCUCAAGUAUUAUGCCAAUGACAACAAUGUCCAUGUUGUCGGGAUAGACCCAAAGAGAACAAUGGAAAGAUAUUCUCGGGCAGCAGCAGCAGCAGCUGGACUACCAUCUCCCAACUUCAAAUUUCUCCAAGCAGUUGGUGAGGCUAUACCACUAAGGGAUGCAUCUGUUGAAGCAGUUGUUGGAACACUCGUCUUGUGCUCCGUCAGUGAUGUUGACCUGACGCUGAAAGAAGUGAAGAGGGUGCUUAAGCCAGGUGGUUCUUACAUCUUUGUGGAGCAUGUGGCUGCAAAAGAUGGAACAAUCCUCAAGUUCCUCCAAAGUAUCCUCGAUCCCUUGCAGCAGGCAGUUGCUGAUGGGUGUCACCUUACCAGAAACACAGGGAAGAACAUAUCUGAGGCUGGAUUCUCUAGUGUCGAGCUUGGCACGGCUUUUUUAGCUAACGCCACCCUUAUAAACUCUCAUAUUUAUGGAAUUGCCACCAAGUAGUGCCGCGAAACAACCACCAGUUUAUAGAGAAGCGGUGAGCAUGUCAAAUUAUCACCUGGGUUUGCUAGUCUAGUCCAUUUUGGAUAGUUUCGAUCUGGGAUGAGCAAUAUAGGAAGCAUCGGUAUCUUGAUUUUGUAUAAUGAAGAAUGCUACAAGUCCUUUGGCCUUAAGUAGAUGCACUCUGUCCUUAUGAUCCCAUAAUAUAGUGCGUAUCUACACAGUAGCACCUUCUUGCGCCUGUCUGACUUUGAGCUCUAAGUUAUGUGGAUCUUGAUCAGCACGAGCUGGAAGAAGAUAACGAGUAUGCGGAAUGGUCCUUGCAUCAUGAAAAA